GAGAGAGUUAGGAUGGUGAACGAUGGAGAUGAUAAAAUUGAAGGGCUGUUGAGCCCCAAGUUCCGAUCGGUGGCUGCUAUGGCUGGUUGGGAUGAAGAGGCUCUUCUCAUGGCUAGUCUUGUUGUUGAAGACACACCCGAUCGCCUUCCUAAACAAAAGAAACGUUCUGAUUUGCUGCAUUUCAAGACUCCCCCAACAAAUUCUAGAAGGAAAAGAAGGGCUCAGAAAAGGAGCCCUGUAUCCAUAACUGCAACUGUUCUUGAUCUCGAAGACCAAGACACUGCAAAGCAAGAAAGCGAGAAAAAGGAGGCGGAAUCAACAUCCAUUGAGAAAUUAGACAAGAAAGGAGAUGAGGCAUUGGAAGAACAGGGUUGUUCUGUUGUUACAUCUUCUACUAAGAAUAUAGAACCAGAAUCAAUUGAGAAAGCAGACACUAAAGUAGCUGAAGCAUCGGAGGAACAGGGGUGUUCUGUUUCUUCUUCUUCUUCUGCAGCAUUUCCCUCCAUUGAUCGACUUCGUGAAGAGCUUUCUUGUGCUAUUUGUUUGGAGAUCUGUUUCGAACCGAGUACCACUCCUUGUGGUCACAGUUUUUGUAAGAAGUGUUUGCGAUCUGCUGCUGAUAAAUGUGGAAAGAAAUGUCCCAAGUGCAGGCAGCUUAUCAGCAAUGGUAGAUCAUGCACUGUAAAUACAGUACUUUGGAAUACAAUUCAACUGUUGUUUCCCAAAGAAGUAGAAACAAGAAAAGCAGCUGCAGAUUUGAGUAAUAGAGAAGCUAAACGUCAAAGUCCAGUAAGAGCUGUUGCUACUCAUUCUAACGUCACUAGCAGCAGAACGACAAGAGUCCUGCUACUUAACAGUCCAGAAUCUGGUCCUAGUAGUCAAGAAAGAAGGAAUUCUCACGCCAUGAGAAGACAAAGUGCCCGAGCUUCUGGAAUGCCAAGCAGAAAUCGAGACAUUAGCUCGAGGAGGGAGUUACCAAGUCAGGAUGGGGAUGCUGCAUUGGCGCUAAGAAUGCAGAGAGAGGAGUUCAUGGAAUCCUUCAGGACAAGAAGUUCUGCUGAUGAGCAGUACAGGAGCUCUCUUGCUCUUGCCAGAGCAAAUUUGAGGGCCAUGGCAUCAAGAGCCAUUAACAUUCGUGUUAGAGGAGGCCGUGGCUCAUAAAUUUGUUUACAAUUGCACUUGGAAUUGUGUUUUGUCUAACAUUACGAAACCUAUAUAGGUUCUUGUUGAAAAACUGAAAGGUCCUUUAACUCCUCAUGAAGUACCAUUAUCCUAGCUAGUUUGUAAUGUUCUUAUAUCAAAUACAUGUUUUGCUUUGUGUUAA